CCUCUCUAGCUCUCAUCCGCCUUCCUCUCAGUGGCAGCGCAGUGAGGUGAAGAAGAGCCGGCCGCCCAGUCGGCCCUACGUGAAUGCGGGUGCAGCCCAAACUCCGCAGAGGAGAGCACGAGCUAAGGUGUGGAAUUUUAUCAAAUGCUUUUUCAGUUUCCCAGAUAAAAAUUUUGCAGCACAAAUCUGACUUCAGUGUUUUCUCUAGGGCAAUCAGCACAUGACCUACUAGAGAGAGAUCAAGGGAAAUUUGCUGGAAUCCAGAGUGAUGGAUCCAUGUUCAGUUGGAGUUCAGCUUCGUACCACAAAUGAGUGCCAUAAAACCUACUACACUCGUCACACUGGUUUCAAGACUUUGCAAGAAUUGUCAUCAAAUGAUAUGCUUUUACUUCAACUUAGGACUGGAAUGACACUUUCUGGGAACAAUACCAUUUGCUUCCAUCAUGCAAAAAUUUACAUUGACAGAUUUGAGGAUUUGCAGAAGUCAUGUUGUGACCCAUUUAACAUACACAAAAAACUAGCCAAAAAAAAUUUGCAUGUAAUUGACUUAGAUGAUGCCACUUUUCUGAGUGCAAAAUUUGGAAGGCAGCUUGUACCUGGUUGGAAGCUUUGUCCAAAAUGUACACAGAUAAUCAAUGGAAGUGUGGAUGUUGAUUCUGAAGACCGGCAGAGAAGAAAACCUGAUUCGGAUGGAAGAACUGCAAAAGCUUUGAGGUCAUUGCAGUUUGCAAACCCAGGAAAGCAAACUGAAUUUGCUCCAGAAACUGGUAAAAGAGAAAAAAGAAGGCUCACAAAAAAUGCAACUGCUGGUUCUGACAGACAAGUGAUACCAGCGAAGAGUAAGGUCUAUGAUAGCCAGGGUCUCCUAAUUUUCAGUGGGAUGGACCUUUGUGACUGCCUCGAUGAAGACUGUUUAGGAUGUUUCUAUGCUUGUCCUGCCUGUGGUUCCACCAAAUGUGGAGCUGAAUGCCGCUGUGACCGCAAGUGGCUAUAUGAGCAAAUCGAAAUCGAAGGAGGAGAAAUCAUUCAUAACAAACAUGCUGGAUAAUUUGUGGUAUCAAAUUAUGGGCUCUUUAAAGAUGUCUUCUCUAUUUCUAAAACUCUAUCAUCCUAAGAUAAUUAAAGUUGAUUGCCAAAUGACAGAGAAUUUGAAAAGCACCUCAACAUACACUCACUGGGCACUAAAGUUGCAUUUAGGGUGCUUUAAGAUUCAUUAUCUGAUGUAAAUUUAGAUGGGCUAUUCCUCAGCAGUCCUCUUUAAGCCUGUCUGGGUCAAUGUUAACAAGGAGGCAAAGACCGUCCUCCAUUAGCACAGCUCAAAUUUCAGUUAGCACGGUCUGUACUGUGAGCAGUUAGGUGAAGUACAGACUUCCCUGAUAGCCCUUUGGUCCAAGGAUCAUUAUGUAACAGACGUGCUUCAUCAUCACUGACCAAUCACAGUACUUCUCUCAAAUUCUGCUGGUGAUUGGUUACUGCACAUCUGUCAUUCAGUGCACUCACAGCAAAGUAUGUGGUUGUGUUGUCCUCUUAUCACCCAUGUGACAUUUUACAAAAGUAGAUCAUCAAAAGAACUGGCCAACAAAGAUAAAAAUGAGUGAAGAAAUGAAAAAUGGUAAUGCUAGAUGUGAGAUUUGAACUGAAUGGUAAGUGGAGUUACGGAAGAAAUCACUGAUGGGAAUGUUGAGUCUCAGUAUGCAGCUGAGGGGACCUCAUGGAGACCAGCUUCAUGUAAUAAGGAAAUUGGUUGUGACGAGAAGGUUGAAUAGGUCCCAGAGGAAUUGAUGGUAAAAACUUCACAUUAAAGAAGAUUAGUUAUUUUGCAGCAUUGAAAGUACAAAUGAUAAAAUGGUGGAAACUGAUCCAAACUUGAAUAUGACAGUUCGCAAUGGCAUAGAAUAGAUGCUUACUUAGUAUCCUAAGUUAACAAAAAGGCAAGUACUGUUCAAACCCCUUUUGAUUAGUUUUUUACAGUGAAAUAAUACUUUCUCAAUGUUUCUGAUGUUUUAAAUUACAGUAUACUAACACUUUUUUACAGUGUUUUCAGGGUUUUUUUGUUUAUAACUGAGUGAGUUUUUAAUAUUUUGACAGAUUUUUUAAAGGUCACAGAAUAUUUUCCCCCAUUGAUUAUUAAAAUUGCUUUGAAUGGCUGUUUUUUAUGGUCCUGCACUAUUAUGCAAGCUAAGGACUGUAGCUGAGAACAGUGUCCACCCACUACAGGAAAAGUUAAUUCUGAUAAAACUAGGUGGUUGAUUAAAAGUAUUUUGGAAAUAAUCUACAUAUCUAAAUGCUAAAAUUUAUCUCACAAUUUACCCUUAAAAAAAAAAAGCCUUAGUAUUGUAAACCUUUCAUUGUUUAGACCAUACGUUCUUGGUAAAAGUUUGUUCUUGAUGGAAAAAUCUCAUUCUUUGUAUAAAGCACGGAUAGCAUAGAUGUACA